UAUACACAAAUGUGUUGAGGAAGAAGAAACUGUUUUCCAUCUGUUUAUUCCAAACAACGUAGUUCAAUCGAGGGACAUCGUGCACAAGUAGACAACGCAGAGGACGGAGCCGUGUGUAAAAGCCACACUGACGCAUACACAGGGAAAUAUCUGAGAUAUAAAAAGUGAGGAGCCAUGAAUCUAAAUGACUUUGUGGUGAUUCCCAAAAAUCCUAAAUCAGUCAAGCUGAAUGCCAGGAACCUGCGAGAGCUGCGCCUGGAGACGGUGACUCUGGUGGAAGAGAGCAAAGACAUGGAGGACCGACUCCGACAACUCAGAGAAAGCAUGGGCCGUGAGAAAGAGGAGAGAGGGAGGUCAGGUAGGUUUCGAUGGAAGUCAGGGCAGCCCGGGGCCCUGACUAACCACGGCGCAAAGAGGAAUAAGGAGAACGGACUGGGAAAGUCAGCAGGCAAGCUGAAAAUACGGAUCCUCCAAGAUGGACCUGGGCCAGAGCUCCGCGGUGCCCUUGAGAAGGACAAGGCUCCAGCUCCUCUGCCAGGAGGUGAGGUGUCCUGCCGGAAGUCCAGGCUAAGAGGAAAAGUGUGUGGCCAGUGUGAGGCCAGAAACGCUGGGCUGGUGUGGACACCGCUGUGUGGUGUGAGAUCCAGUGAGCCUGACAUACCCACACAGCUGUGGGAAUGGAUUCCCAGUCCACCCGUGCAGAAGUCCCCCCCUGCAGCCGGCAGAGCUUACCGCUGCCUGCGAAUCGGGGGAUAG